UCAGCAUCGAAGGAAAGAAAACAAAUUGGAAUAAUUAAAUCCUUGAUUCAACUGACUACCAAAACUGUCAGAUUUCGCUGAGGAGUCCAGCUUAAAAACUUGUCCAACAGCAGAACAAUUUGCCAAGCUUGACAGUGUACAGGAAGGCUUUAAAUGUGAACAAUGAUCUGUCCAAAACUUUUCAUCAGAUUGCUGGGGUUCUACGCGUUCCUCAUUUUUCAAGGCUGGAACCAAUUCAGCAUGAUUCACGGAGCAGGAAUAAAGACAGAUCCUAAACAGCAGAAACAGGAAGAUGGAGUGACCUUAGCACCAGAGGACAUAAUGCCUUUUUUACAGUGCUACUGUUCAGGGCACUGUCCAGAAAAUGCAGUUAAUAACACAUGCAAAACUAACGGACAUUGUUUUGCCAUCAUUGAAGAAGAUGAAAAUGGAGAAAAAACCCUUUCUUCAGGUUGUAUGAAAUACGAAGGUUCAGACUUCCAGUGCAAGGAUUCGCGAGUUGUACAGCGGCGCCGUACGAUUGAAUGUUGUCGGACAGAUUUCUGCAAUCAAGAUCUGCAGCCCACUCUACCCCCUAGUCCAAAAGAUGAUCUGUUUGAUGGCAGCAUACGUUGGAUAGCUGUGCUUAUUUCCAUGGCAGUCUGCAUAAUCGCUAUGGUUGUCCUCUUCAGCUGUUUCUGCUACAGGCAUUACUGUAAAUGGGUAGCAAAGAGACAAUGUUAUAAUCGUGAUCUGGAGCAGGAUGAGGCCUUCAUUCCAGCUGGGGAAUCAUUAAAGGAUCUUAUUGACCAAUCAAUAAGCUCUGGCAGUGGGUCAGGACUUCCUCUAUUGGUACAACGGACAAUUGCCAAACAGAUUCAGAUGGUACGGCAAGUUGGAAAAGGGAGAUACGGUGAAGUUUGGAUGGGUAAAUGGAGAGGUGAAAAGGUGGCUGUGAAAGUGUUUUUCACCACUGAAGAAGCUAGCUGGUUUCGGGAAACAGAGAUUUACCAGACAGUUCUUAUGCGCCAUGAAAAUAUACUAGGGUUUAUAGCAGCAGACAUUAAAGGCACAGGUUCCUGGACUCAGCUCUACCUGAUUACUGAUUAUUAUGAAAAUGGGUCAUUGUAUGAUUUCCUGAAGUAUACCACUCUGGACAACAGAGCUUUGUUGAAGCUGGCUUACUCUGCUGCGUGUGGUCUCUGUCAUCUGCACACAGAAAUCUACGGGACCCAGGGCAAGCCUGCUAUUGCCCACAGAGACCUGAAGAGCAAAAAUAUUUUGAUCAAGAGAAAUGGGACAUGCUGCAUCGCAGAUUUGGGCCUUGCUGUCAAAUUUAACAGUGAUACAAAUGAAGUUGAUGUUCCUUUAAAUACGAGAGUGGGAACAAAACGUUACAUGGCGCCCGAAGUCCUGGAUGAAAGUUUGAAUAAAAAUCAUUUCCAGCCAUACAUCAUGGCUGAUAUCUACAGCUUUGGCUUGAUAAUUUGGGAAAUGGCUCGGCGUUGCAUCACAGGAGGCAUUGUUGAAGAAUACCAGCUACCCUAUUACGAUAUGGUACCAACUGACCCUUCCUAUGAAGAUAUGAGAGAGGUCGUUUGUGUUAAGCAUCUGCGCCCGGUGGUGUCCAACAGAUGGAAUAGCGAUGAGUGUUUAAGAGCAAUAUUGAAAUUAAUGUGUGAAUGCUGGGCCCACAAUCCAGCCUCUAGACUUACAGCCUUGAGGAUUAAGAAGACACUUGGCAAGAUGGUGGAAUCGCAAGAUGUUAAAAUUUGACAAAGAAGUGUCAUGGAGGAGUGAAUUUUGGACUCUAGAGCUGUUCACUCAACCAAAUGCAGGUUUGGUGGGAUCGGGAGAGGGCGCCUGAAUUUCAGCCCACUUCCUCGCUAAUUCUACAGGCUGCUAAUAUUAAGUUGUCAUAGAAUAUGGUAUCCGUGCACACUAUAUGAUACAUGCACGGAUAGCCUCGUGUUUUUUGUUGUGUUUUGAGCUGCAUUAAGAUUUUCAUCACAGUUUUAAAUUCCCAUCAAUUUCUUAAGUUCUGAAUGGAAUAUUCAGAUUUAUAGUGCUUUCUGUGAAAGCCUUAAGUUAAAUGAAUGCAACAGCAGUGGAAAAAUUAAGCUUUUUGCCUCCUACCUGAUGAUAUCUUACCAGGACUUGGCAGAAUAGCCUGCGUGUCUGAGAUACUAAGUAAUCGGAGAAUUCCUUAAGUCUUUUACAGUUUCGUGCCAGGACUUUUCUCCUGUCAUUUGGAGUACUUCAGAAGCCAUUAAAUUUCGUGCAAAGCUACCAUUUCUUUUGUAAUGCCUCGGCCAAGAGUAUGACAUCUAUUUGGGAUUCCAAGAAAAGUUACCUCUCCCUUCCUUUUGUGCUGCAUCAAGGAUGACCCAAAAUCAAAGAGCUACUCUAAAUCUGUGCAGCAAGUCUCUUUCAAGUUGGAUGUGAAGAUAUAAAUCAAUUCCCAGUGCGAUUUCUGGAGACUGAGUCCGCAACAUGGAACUGCAAAAUCUCUUUGAUAAUUUAAGUGCCUGUAAUCGUGUACUGUAAACCAUGCCCUAGGUAUUUUUUUAAAAGGGGAAGCUAUUUAUGUAGUGCGUAAUGUACUUUUAUUUCCUGUUCUGUGUAUAUGUGUAAAUGUGCCAUACACAGAUCUGAAAAUAAUUUUAAAAGGAAUUACGUUCAGUUAGAAACACACCUCCUGAAUGUGACAUGUAGACCUGUUGAAUAGUCUGUUGGAAUAGAUGCAUGGAUAUUAUAAAAGGGUUUAAAUUUUCCUUUGAGAAGCAUUCAGUAGAAAGUUUAAUGCAAUUUGAGCGUGAAUUCAAGAAACAAUAAAAUGUAGGGGAUUUUUGGUCAGGCAAUACAUUGCAGUAUUUUUUUAAUUUAUAUCUUGGUGUACAAAUUUUAUUUAACAUUAAGUCAUUGCUCAUUCAGUAAUGCCUUUAAGUAUUAGUGCAUAGUCAUCUGAACAGUUCAUGGGUACAUAAGCUAUGGAUUAAUUUAUUGUGAAGGCAGCAAGUAAUGGACAAUAUUUUGCCACAGGUCCUUAGCGAAAGUCAUGUUUUUCUGUCCAUUGCUAGAAAGGUAGUCUGAUGUUCUGAAACUUACCUCAUCUUUUGUUUUGCACAAGUAGUUGAAGAUUAUUUGGGAUAAACUGAAUUAUUAAUCUAGACCAGUUGUUUUUGUACUCUGUGCUUUCAGGGAUCCCUCUCUGUCUUCAAUAUGGAUAUGUCCACUAAGGCAGGGUUCCUCAACUUUGGCGACUUGAAGAUGCGU